AUGACGCAGAAGGAGUUGGCACUAGCAGCUCAAUUCAACGGCAGUUAUCGUUGUGCCACCACUGUUGUUGUGCGUACGGCGGCGACGGAAACAAUUCAUCGUGCCAUGCCAGCGAGGACAUUGUCAAAACAGCGCGGCGAUAGCGCCUCCAGAAGCGGGAAUGGCAGUGAAGGGACCAGCACCCCCCAAAAGGGAACCAGAACUAAUGGGAGCUCUCCCUCUACGCAUAAUCCGUCAUGCGAAAGGCCUCGGUGUACAUUUUGGCUGGCGCGAAGCGAUGGGGACAUUGAAAUUCGAUCUGUGGCUGUGCCGGAUCGUGUCAUAGACCUUGUGCACCGCACAAAAAAGGCAAUAGUGACGUCACUUCUUCAAAUAUCUCGUAACCGUGUUGUUGCCGCUCUCUCGAACGGAUUACUUCAGGUAUUAGAUGCGGUUUCCCUGCAGGAAUGCAGGACCGUACAGGCACACAAGUCGUCUAUAACUUGUAUGGUUCCCGUGACGCUGGCAAAGACACAAAGGUCGCAGGAAGAGUUUGGGUGUUCUCGCAUUCCUGCUUUUGUAACGGCGUCGUCGGACCUUACAAUUGCAAAGUGGGAUGGCGUGACACUGGAGUGUCUUGGUCGAAUGAAGGGUCAUUCGUGUAGUGUCACGGCAUUGGCGGCGACUGUGAGUGGGGCAUUCCUAUUUAGUGGGGGUGAAGACGGUUCGCUUCGGAUGUGGUCUUUGGCGGAAGGCGCUCAGGUGCUUCGAAAGCCCACCAGCCAAAAGAACGCAAAGAAGGGGACAAAAACGAAGGAAACGGCUGUGACCCCGUCGGGGCAACAGCCACAACAGGACACAAAGAAGAAAAGGAAACAAUCAUUAUUGCCAGUUCAAAAAGAGGGGUCUCAUACUGCACGGCACAGAGCAGUUGCACAAGUCUCCACCGCACGCGCAACUCGUUCGCUUUCUGCGCAAACUCCAUCCCGAGGAGGGGCUACAAAAGCGGUUACCACUCCGAGGACUCCUUCUGUAGCGACACGGAAAAAAGGAUCACGCGCGAUGUCUCUGGUUUUGGAGGGGCGGCCGCCUCGCAAGAAGUCCAUAAAAUCCAGCAAUUCAAAGCCAAUCACACCACGUCCAGGUCCGGUACAUUUUUCCGGUGAGCCAGAAGCCGCCAUGAACGAAGAAGAUGCUGAUGAGGAGGAAGAAGAGGAAAGGGAAGAGAAUGACGACGAAGAAAAGGACCGUGUAACGGGCUCUGAAAAAACUCGCGCAUUAUUACCUGCGGAGGAUGAGACAGGAGCGUCCUUGAGAAACGGCCUGAAUGCCGGGGAGGCGGGUGAGCAUAAAACACCACGAAAGACGUCCAAGGUAAAGAAGGGAAAAAAGCGUCUUGGAUGGAAUUUUGACACGGUGUUGAAACAGUUGCUGGGAGAUUCCGUGGAGGAUCCUGUGGUGCGCCACUUCUUUGCCAUGCAACAUUUUUGUUGGGAAGAAGAUACUGCACUGCUUUGGCCAAUGAAGUGUGAGCACCAAAAGGCAAUUACGGGACUAACACUGAUACGGGAUCGUAUUUUGGUGACAGCGUCUCAGGAUGGUGUAGCCAAGAUGUUUGCCUUACCCACUGGACGAAUGUUGCGUAGCGUGCAUCGGGGUCGAGCUGCCUUGACAGGUCUCGUCAUGGAUGAAUUGCAUUGCCGUCUUUGGAUCGGUAGCGCAGAUGGCUCCCUUGCUGUGUACGAUGUACUUCAUCCGGAUGUAGUGCCACUGUACAGCUGGCGCGAUCUCAACACACCGCAUCCACAACUAGUGCCAUUAGUCUUUCAUGGAUCAUUGAGUCAUUUGUACGUGUUUUCCUCCUUUGAUGAUAAAAAUGCGUUGAGUUUAUUACCUGUGAAAGACGAAAAUAGAGGGGAGCCGGCCCACCCAUGUCAAGGGAAAAAAUUUUUCGUCAAGGACUCUUCUCACAAAAAGCUUUGCAGCGAUAAAAAAUUCAAUUUGCCUGCCAAGGCAAGCUUGACAUGUGUAUGGUUAGAUGGUGGAGACGGUGCGAUGCUGAUGGAUAUACCUUUUUUAAAGUCAUUAGAUAAACAGUUUGAGAGUACACGCAGUUUUUUUUUCGGAAAUAGUGUACGUGACGCCGUGUUUCGCAGAAUUAUACGUCGCCCAGUGACAGAGGAAGGAGAGGAGUUACCGCAAUAUCUUGCGAGAGAGCGGGCCAAAGCUGCCUCCGCUGUGCAAUUUGCCUUUACCCAAGCGUUACGACAACGGGCCUUCAGUCGCUGGCUGAUGUGGAGGGCCCGACGGAUGGCCCGCUAUCGAUGUAUGCGUGCAGUUCGUUUUUUGGAGGUUUUUCAACAGGAACGGGUACUGGAAAGUUAUUUCAAACGAUGGCAACGUUGGAGGCCGUCGGCGAGGCGUCUCCUGCUUCAUAUGGACAUGAGCAGUGUUGAAAAGCGGCUUAAGUGUAUUUCCACUUCCUACCGUUGGAACGAAAUCUGUGAUGUGGCGGAUAUUGCACGGGAAUUGGGAAAUAGUUUUGCUGCUGCUGAGCAUAGGCGUCUUUUGCAACGGUACUACCGUAAAUGGGUUAUUCACAUAAAAGAGACGCGACGUCGUAACGCGCAAUCGACAGCCUUCAAUAGACUCUUUUUGUCCUUCUGUGAUGUAACAUUUGGAGAUAAAUCCUUCAUAUGGAAAAGACUAAGAGACGCGGCCGAAGCAACGCAAAGGCGCCGCCGUGCACUUUGGUUGCUGGAGCAGCACAUGGUUUCCAGUCAACACAAAUGCCGUCGAUAUUAUAUGAAGCUAUGGAUUAAGUACGUUAAACGUCAAAAAGAGGUCCGUCAUUCGUUGGUUCUUGUCGAUACACUUUCUUCUGUCUUGGCAGAUGAAAGGGCACUGCGAUCCCGAUUUUACCUCAAGUGGUAUCGAUUUGCCCUUUUUGAGGCAAGACUGCUGCGCCUCGAUGAGGAACGGACAACCAUGCAACGAGAGUGGAUUGCCGUACAAAACGCGGUGGACAGCACAGCUUCUUUGACAGAGCUUCGCCAAGAGGCAGAACAGCUGGAGGUGGAAAUAGCAGAGCAGGCAUUUGAGCGAGAUGAGGUGGAAAGCCGAAAUUUGGCUUUGCGCUCGGAUAUAGAAUACCUGCAGGUUCAGAAGUCUUUGGAAUGUCUUCUUGCUGGUUAUCGCGAUUCUUCGGACACGGUUCGUAGACGAAGAGACUCCGGCUCGGCAUCACGGAGCAAAAUGUCUUGCAACACCAGUCGUGAAAGAAUUACGUUAUUUGCUGAUGAUGACACCUUUGACGGUGAGGUAGGAACGCUGCGACAGGUGGGAGCGGUGUUGCGGGCCCUCAAGGCCACAGGUGUACGAUGUGGACGUCAUAGAGCUCUAAUUAUGGCAUCGUAUGAGAGAGUUGUACAACUUUCCAUACUUGAAUACCCAUUAGAAGCCUGUGAUUACAACUCCAUCAUGUCCUUGUGUUCCAAUAGCGACGAAUCAUCGCUGCGCAUGAGACCCAAUGCAUUGGUGACGGAGGGAAAAACGUCAUCAGAGCAAAGACGUCAUGUCACUGCUCACGCGAAUACACCACCUUUUCUAUCGGAUGAGUUUGAUCGAACCAUGCAGCGGCUUCAAUCAAUUAUUGUGAAUGCUGCAAGAUUGACCGGCGUUAACCUGAACGAGCCUUCCAAUUACGAUUCACUGAUUUCCAUACAGGAGGAAAGCUCAGGUAAUGAAAAGCGGAUUAUGAAUACCACAGAUUGUGCCUCGCUGCGCUGGUUAGAUUUUGUUCCACCUACAACGCGAACGGAAGCUCUUCCGCUAAUUGUGGAUCUUGUCGCCAUGUUUGACUCUUUGAAGGCACACAGUGACAUGGAGGUGGAGGGUGGUGAGAAGAAAUUAUCCACACGAGGGGCAGCGAAAGUGAUACCGCUUCCUUUGAGAAGUCUUUGCAAACCACAAACCGCUGUCUGGCUUGUGCGUCACGCUGCUGUUCUUUUAGAACUGAUGUCUCCUGGGCUUUGGAAACGACACUUAAAGCUGCGGACAUUGGCGACGGGCGUAACCGAGCCUGGGACAGGUACUCUGAGCAGUGACGCUGCAGAGUCUUCACCGGCGAGGUCGGCAGGUGCAACUGCCACAUCAGAUAAUUCGCCGGGAACAAAUAAAAGUCGCACUUACAACAAUGGGGCAUUAGAAGGAACACCACGACAAUCAAUCCCACAGCAAUUUCCAAGGCUGUCUGUAGACGAGCUAGGCGUGUGUAAGAAACAGCAUCGCUCCAUGUCAUGGACUGCAUCAGAGACUCGUAGAGGACACUCCCAAAAGGUCUCGUCACCGUGUGGCCGUGCCACAUUUCAACAAAGGGUUUUGGUCCACAGUGGAGGUUCCCUAACACCACGCCCAAAGAGUAGUUUUCAAUUUAAAGAGGAGGACUCGGAUGGACCACGCCGAAGUUUGCCCAUUCCAUUGCCUUUCACUCAUUCAAGUGCCUCAACGCCGACAAAGUCAAUGUAUGGUUCUUCCACGACACGCCCUUAUCUGGGAUUUCGUGUCGCUGUAAGUCGUGACGAUGCGGGCCACACCACCUUGACUGUGCACGAGGUUGCAGAGAGCUACGUUGGCGCCAGCGAUGGCGUUACAAGAGAAGGACCAGCCUUUGCUUCUGGAUUACGUGCCGGAGAUCAAUUGGUACGCUUCGCCGGGUACGCGGUGACGGAGCUUGCUGCAUUCAACGCCGUCGUUGCACGUCAUGUGCGACCCCAUGGGACAGUUCCAGUGGUUUUUUCGAGAAACGGGCAGCUCAUGUCAUCGACCAUCGCCGUAGGAGAGAAAUCCCGAAACGGAUAA